AUGGCAGGAGCCUCAUCAAAUCCGCUCAUUUCCACAGCCCGCGCCUCAGACACAAGCCCUACUGUACAACUACACCCGCUAGUGCUCCUUACGAUAUCAGACUGUAUUACGCGACAUACGCUACGACAGCAGACAGGACCGGUAGUUGGAGCUAUACUUGGCGCGCAAGAUGGUCAGAACAUCACAAUGGAGGUUGCUUUCCAAGCAAAGCUAAGGGCAAACGACGAUGGAGAGGUGGCUCUCGAUGACGAGUGGUUCGGCAAGCGUUUAGAAGACUUCAAAGACGUGCACAAGCAACCGCAACUAGACAUUGUCGGUUGGUUCACCCUCGGCCCCGCCUCAGGUCCAGAACCCCACAUCCUGCCCAUACACUCGCGCAUAUCAGAUCUCUACACGGAAUCACCUCUCCUUGUCCUAUUCCACCCCGAAAAUGCCUUUUCAGAAGCAACCGCUGCCGGCAAGUUACCCCUCACCCUCUACGAAUCUAUCUCCGUAAACACCUCGAGCGGUCCAGAUGAUAAAGCUAUGGACAUUGAUGGUGCAGUACAAGCAAAGUCGACCAAGUUUAGAGAGUUGGUAUACUCUAUCGAGACUGGUGAGGCGGAGAUGAUCUCUGUAGACUUUGUUGCCCGCGGAGGUGGCAAUGCAACCGCAGUCGAAGGCUCAGCAGAUGCAGCAGCGCCGAAAGCCGAGUCUUCGAAAGUUGAUGAGGCAGCUAGCAAGAAGGCAAUGCGAGGGAAACAGAAAGAUAAAGAAAAAGAAAAAGAAAAAGACACUCCUAUCGAUGAGUCGACCAUCUUAACUGUUGAAGAUGACGAGAUCCUAUCCUCACUCACCGCUAAGAUGAAUGCUCUCCGCAUGCUCAGCCGCCGCAUAUCCCUUCUCCGCGCAUACCUUGACACUCUUCCACCAUCAUAUCUCUCCGACCCGUCGCUCCCACUCAACCCUACCGUAGACGCCCAGCACCCGCUACCACUGAACCACUCGAUCCUCCGCAGCAUCUCCGCUAUGCUGGCCCGUAUCAACAUCCUGGCCCCACCAGAUUCCAAGGCUUUCAACCUCGAAUCGCAGCAAGAAGCGUCAGACGUGCAGCUCGUCAGCCUCCUAUCAUCGAUUACGACUUCUGUCUCGGCAGCCAGGGAGCUUGGCCAUAAGAGCAGUAUAAUCGAAUUUGGAAAAAAUCAGAACAAGAACCGUAUGGGUGUGGGUAGUAUAGGCGGCUACGGAAGUGGUGAUGGAAAUUUCUUCGGGACGGUAAUGGGUGGGGGAGGUGGGGCAGUCGACAGGUGGUGA